AUGCUCUGCCUUGCCAAGAAUCCCGAAAAGCAGGCCAUACUCCGAGAGGAGGUGAUGAAGAUACUACCCCACAAGGACUCGGAUUUCACGAAGGAAUCCAUGAAGAACGUUCCCUAUUUGCGUGCCAGCAUCAAAGAGUCGCAUCGGAUGUACCCGCUGGCUGUUAUGAAUGCCCGAGUUCUCAAUCGGGACAGCGUUUUGAGCGGAUACCAAGUGCCAGCUGGUACCUGUGUGUCGAUGGUUCCCCUGAGCUUGCUAUCAAGCGAGGAGCACUUCCCCAAGGCUGCUGAGUUCCUGCCAGAACGUUGGAUUCGUAACGCCACAGACUCCAACGGGCAAUGCCCGGCAAAUGACUUGAAGCUGAAGAAUCCGUUUGUGUUCUUGCCCUUCGGAUUUGGACCCCGGAUGUGCGUUGGAAAGCGCAUCGUGGACAUGGAGCUCGAGCUGGGCAUCGCUCGACUCAUUCGGAACUUUAGCAUCGAGUUCAAUCAUCCCACGGAGAACGCUUUCCGCUCCUCCCUGAUCAAUUUGCCCAACAGACUAUCGAAUGCCUCUCAGGUGGGCUCCUGCAUUCAGCUGCUGCUCGAGUACGGAGCCUCUCCGAAUUUGGUGGAUCAGGGCGAGUUCACGCCCUCCACCAUGUGCUAA